AUUCUAUCUCGUCUACUUUCGAGGCGAGUCGCAGCUCAUCUCAAACAAACCUAGUGACUCCUGCUCUGCCGCUGGUGAUUGGAAGAAAAUGUAGCUUAUCAAAGUAGGCCUCGCGAUCCAAAGGCGGGAACUCACUUCUUCCAGCGAAUCAUGGGGCGAGGAGCGUUUGAUGGACAGUCAUGAUUUUAACCGUUGGCGUGCUGGUAGAGGGGAGGUACAUUGCUGCUCGACGACAUACCAACUUCAUGCCCACCGUUUCUCUAGACAUUACGUCAUGCCACUGCAGGCCUUCUCCUCCACUUUUGCUGAAACUCGAUUCUUCAGAGCUGGUAGUUUUAUCUACAAGAUCAAGAUAAGAGGAGGCUGCAGCUUCAGGGGAGAAGAGGUCAUGGGAGGAAACUGCUUCAAUCAGGAACUGGAGGAAAUUAUCAGAACGGUUCUUGGCAACCUGGACAGUCUCCAACCCUUCUUUAGUGCCCACUUCAAUAUCUUCCCCUAUAAAAAGCGGUGGGAAGGGGCGCGUCAGGUGGUGCCCAAAUACGGUGACAGGAAGCUGGCAGCCUACCCCUACUGCCUGACCCUCUACCUGGAGAAAAACAUGCAGCAUGAGGAAGCAAAGCAAGCAGAGGAGAAGCUGAGCUCAGAGAAAGACGCUGCUGUUUCUGAGCCCCGGUCAAAGCGCUGUAGAAGAUGUUCACCACUAGAGGAGGCCAUACUAAAGGACUUAAACCAGGAUUUUGAGACUAAAAGCAAGGCUUCUGCGGUCGGCAGGCUCUCUCUGGAUCGUCCACAUACAGUCAGAGAUGCAAAAGAAGAUGCAGGAUGCUUUGAUGAGCAGAAACCAGGUGUCACAGUGAAAGGAAGUGGGACUCCAGGUGAAGUGCAUUCUGGGACGAUAGAGCCCAUGGAAGAGGAUGAGGAAGAAGAUGAAGAAGAAGAUGAAGAGUCUGACCCUGUGACCCCUGAGAGGCCAGGCAUUCUGAGUCGACUAGCCAGCCAUGUCUUCCCCUUCUCCCUGCUCUUUGGAGACCCCUGAGGGCCACGGCACGGAGACAGGAGCUGUUACUGGGGAGUGAAGCGGAAACUCGCCGGGGUUUGUUUAGUUCAAGUUCUGCACAGAGAACUCAGGAUUUGUUUUUUCAGGAACAUUUUAAUAGGCCUGUUUGUCUCCCUGUAUCCUCUUUUAAGAAUCUGUUAUAUAAGGGUCAUUAUUAAUCAUUCCUAUUGUUCAGACUUAUGUAAGAUUUUCUAAUUUAUUUAUACAUCUUAAGUAUAUUUUAAUAAAACUAUUAAGUGCAGAGUUCUUUAUGUGAGUUUUCUGUUGCAGCUCUUAUAAGAAAAUAAAGAUGUUGCUUCCUUGUUUC